AUGUGGGGCAAGUUAAUCUUCUGUGUCCUUCUGGCCUUCAGCUGCAAACAGACGGUAGCCAAAGUCGAGUCGGGCCAUGAUGAGAAACUACACAGCUCAGCCAGCGAGCUCGACGACAAAACGAAACACUAUCGCAAGCAUCUGGGUCUGAAAAUUCGAGAGCAAGAGGAGGUCGUCGACGAGUUCAAGAAAUGGGACAAGCCGAAACGCCUGGAAAUGAUAGAUAUUACGGCAAAGACGAUUUCGGGUGUGAUGGCACAAGCGAGAACUGUUGUCGACAAAGCUGAUUCGAAGGUGCUGCGCGAAGGGAAUUGGCUUGCAGAUGAUGAACUGAAGGUGUCGGUCAGCUUGGUUGUAGAAAACCUUGUCCUCCUUCUUGACAUUGGCUGUCGAUUCCCGGAAGCAACCCGUGGGUCCAUCGCUAAAAUGACUGGUUUCGAUAAGGAGAUCCUCUGGGCUGUGGAGCUCGCUCGCGCUCUCAAGGUUCUCGACGAGGUGCAACAGCAAAAGAUUUCCGUCUUCAGUGCAGCAAUGUCAUACGGUACUGAGAUGGAGGAUGUCGAAAACCAAUGGUACGAAGAAGACCUGCGAGCCGUCGAGAUUGACUUUGGAGGCGCGGAGGAGAUCCAGAUUAUUGCCACCAAAAACAAGGAAAAGCUGCCCGACCACAACAAGAACAAGAAGGGCCCGAAGAUCGUCCGUCCUGAGCUC